CUUUGGUAGUGCACCUUGCUAGCUGUUGUACACCGUGAGAGCCAAGCCAUUCAAACUAAGCAGUUAGCCGAAGAUCUAAUUUGACACAAGCCCUCACCUUCGGGGACAGUUAGCUUAAACAAGGCGCUCGUGAACUCGCGCGGACAGCUAUCUGGGAGCCGACAAAGGAGAAGCAGCAAAGAUGUCCAAAGACACGGAAGGCAAGAGCGAGAAAAUCAUGGAUAUGGAGAGCAAGGUGUUGUGGUACCCGGACUCCAAGAAGAACACACAGAUGGACAAGUUCAGGAUACAGAUCAACGGGGAAUACGGGCUUAAUCUCGUUAACUACAAUGAUCUGUACCAGUGGUCUGUGGACAGUUAUUCACAGUUCUGGGGAGAGGUGUGGCGCUUUUGUGGAGUUGUCAGCUCCAAACCUUAUGAAGAGGUUGUGGAUGUAUCCAAACGGAUCUCAGAUGCUCCAGAGUGGUUUAAAGGAGCUCGGCUCAACUACGCUGAGAACUUGCUCAAACAUGCAGACCAGGACAAAGUAGCUCUCUAUGCUGCAACGGAGGCAAAUGAUGAGAUUGUGAAGGUGACGUUUGGGGAGCUGAGGCGUGACGUGGCAUUGUUUGCUGCUGCCAUGAGGAAGAUGGGCAUUGAGACUGGAGACAGGGUUGUAGGCUACCUUCCUAAUGGUAUUCAUGCGUUGGAGGCCAUGUUAGCAGCAGCAAGCAUUGGAGCAAUUUGGAGCUCCACAUCUGUUGACUUUGGAGUCAAUGGUGUCCUUGACAGAUUUUCUCAAAUCCAACCCAAACUGAUCUUCUCUGUUGCUGCUGUGGUUUACAAUGGAAAAACACAUGAUCACAUGGAAAAGCUGACCAGUGUCGUCAAAGGUCUGCCUGACUUGAAAAAAGUAGUCGUGAUUCCCUAUGCUCGCUCCAGACAUGAGACUGACCUCUCCAAGAUCCCCAACAGUGUAUUCAUAGAGGAUUUCUUGGCAUCUGGGCGUGGAGAGGGCGACCAGUUUCCCCAGCUAGAGUUUGAGCAGCUUCCAUUCAGUCACCCUUUGUUCAUCAUGUACUCCUCCGGCACCACAGGAGCUCCUAAAUGCAUGGUCCACUCUGCAGGGGGCACACUCAUCCAACACUUGAAAGAACACAUUCUCCAUGGCAAUAUGACCAGCAGUGAUGUCAUCAUUUACUACACCACGACCGGCUGGAUGAUGUGGAACUGGCUGGUGUCCGCUCUGGCAGUUGGAGCUUCAGUGGUUUUGUAUGACGGUUCCCCACUAAUGCCCACACCCAAUGUACUGUGGAACCUGACAGACCAGCUGGGCAUCACUAUCUUUGGUACGGGGGCCAAAUGGCUGUCUGUGCUGCAGGAGAGGAACCUAAGACCUGCGGAAACCCACAACCUCCAGUCCCUCCACACCAUCCUUUCUACUGGAUCUCCUCUCAAACCUCAGAGCUACGAUUAUGUUUACCGCUGCAUCAAGAGCAACGUGCUGCUGGGCUCCAUCUCAGGUGGCACUGACAUAGUGUCAUGUUUCAUGGGUCAGAACCCAACAGUCCCAGUGUAUCGGGGUGAGAUCCAAACAAGAAACCUUGGCAUGGCAGUGGAAGCCUGGAGCCUUGAGGGUAAGCCAGUAUGGGGAGAGAGUGGGGAGCUUGUGUGUUUGAAGCCGAUUCCCUGCGCACCUACACACUUCUGGAAUGACGAGAAUGGGAGCAAAUAUCAUAAAGCGUACUUUUCUACUUAUCCUGGCGUGUGGGCCCAUGGAGACUAUUGUAAAAUUAACCCGAAGACUGGAGGCAUUGUCAUGCUGGGCAGAAGUGAUGGAACUUUGAACCCCAAUGGAGUCCGAUUUGGCAGCUCAGAAAUAUACAACAUUGUGGAGGCAUUUGAGGAAGUGUCAGACAGUCUCUGCGUACCUCAGUACAACUCAGACGGAGAAGAGCGAGUUAUUUUGUUCCUAAAGAUGGCACCUGGGAAGCCCUUCAGUCCAGAGUUGGUGGGGAACAUUAGAGGGGCCAUUAGAAAAGCACUGUCUGCCCGACAUGUCCCUGCACUGCUGCUGGAGACCAGAGACAUUCCUUACACCAUCAGCGGUAAGAAAGUGGAGGUUGCUGUGAAACAAGUGAUUGCUGGCAGGGACGUGACUCAGAGAGGAGCUUUCUCCAACCCUGACUCACUGGACCUCUACAAGAACAUUCCUGAACUGCAGAACUAUUAAUGAGGAGCUGUAAUGGACCUGAAAACCACCUGAAAAUGAUAAUGUUUUUAAAUGAACUUUAUUUAAUAUCCCAGUUACAGGGACACAUCCUGAUGGGUUAUAAGGAGAAUUUCCAGUGCAAAGGCCCCCUGAGCUGUGUACAUGGUAUGAAAAGGAAUAUAUAUAUUAACAAGGGAACAAGAAAGGUUUAGUUUGUCAGACAGAAACUUAAAAACAUAAGGCAUUCAGCGUUCUUGGCUUGCUCUCCGUUAAGUCAUCAAACAGCUGCUUUUAUCCUACUGUGUUGUGCAAGAAAAUGCUGAACUGGAUUCAGCUUUGUAAGUUAUGUGAUGUGCACAGCCUGUGAGGCCAGCCAGUGAAGAGUCAUAUCUCUGUGCCGCCUGUUGUUGGUUUACUGAAAAUCCCUGUAAAUGUUUACAUCCUCAGCUGUGGUCAUAGCAACACCGUACCAUAAUUAUGUGGGCUGUAUUGCUUUAUUAAAUGUGUAUAUUAGAAUAUAUAUUUUUUGACUUUUGAAUUAGGUUAGCCUUAUAAUUAUGAAUUUAAAAAGUGACUCAAACACUUAUUAACCAAAUUGAGAGGUAUUCUGACGGUUGUAACAUGUCAGGAUGUAGCUUGAUGAAAUGAAUUAGUAAUUCCAGAACAGACUAAACUUACUGAACUUUGUCCUCACACAAAUUGUGUUUCCAUAUGUUGUGUUUGGCAUUAUGAAAUCAUAACCAUCUUUUGACUCUGUUACUUCAGAUUCUGUUUCACUCCACCCAAGACAUCAAGGUUUAAAUUAACAAAUCUCUCAUUUGCCAGAUUUAUCAAGGCAUCAUGCAAACAGAUCAGUGUCAGUCUAAAAAGCAGCAGGUAUUCAUUUUAUCUCAAAAACCUUUUGUUUAUUUGUUUCAUGUCUGCUUUCCAUGUUGGUUGUAACGCUAAGAAAAACUGCCUUUUUUGCUUUGUAAAUAUGACAGCUGAGUAAUUUAUUCAAUCUAUCCUCUUGCUGUGUGGCUAAUUAAUGCUAUUAAAAAUUAAUGGAGUGGGUUUGCUCACUCGUAGCACUAUUGAGAAGCACGGGUGAGAAAUAACAAAAACAGCUGGGUUUUGUGUCAUGUUGGGAGAAAUUUGACCAGAAUGUGAAUCACAGGUAUUAAUUUCAGGGAAAUGUUGCAUCCUUGGAGGUCGCUGUUCUCUAAAGAACUGUGUCAUUACUUACUGACACAGAGGUAGCACUUUUCUUAUUGGACUUUCUUGUUUUUAAGGACUUUUUCUGUCUGUCUCACUGGUUCUGUUUCUAUUUUAAACAUGUAAAAUGGUAUAGAUAUUAAAUCAAUCCAUAUUCAUAUUUCCUCCUCAGAUAAGAUACCUUUCUCUUUAAAGGCACCCUGUGGAGCUUCUGACCUAACAGAGCUGUGUAUGUUUUGAUGAGUGGGUCCCAAUUUUGUUGCACUCUUGCACACACAUAACCAUCAAGAUACAGAUGUAAAUUCCAUUUCCUCUGACUGACUAGUGGCAUAUAUCAUGAAAAAGCAGGAAAGGAAAGGCCGCAGGCUAGCAGACAUUGAUACAAUCAGUGGAGAUAUCAUGAAAAAUACCCAGUUUCUAUAUUUUAGAAGAGAAAUCCACAGAGAACCUUUGGAAUAUUGAGCUGAAGAGCUGUCGUACAAGACAGGAGUCAAAUUCAGUAAUCACUUUGCACUUUAGUUCUGUAUGCAGCAUUCAUGUUGUAACCUGGUAAAACACUGCAGAUGUUCUGCUCUGUAGUGCGCAUGCAGGAUAUGCAGCUAUUCCCAUUGCAAGAAAUAAGCCAAACUUUGCAAACAUUAUCCUGGGUUCAUAAAAUGUAUUUGUUGUUUUUGACUCUAUUUGGUUCUUCCAUUUCCACUUCAAGUGUAUUUAUAAUGCAAUUUUUAAUCAUUCUGGUGUGGCAAGUAAGAUUAUUAAAUCAUGUGUAACAA